GUGACCGAGCUAACGGACAUCAACUACAACAGCAACUUGGUACGCCUGAGGCCGGGUCACAUGAACGUGGUCUUGAUCCUGUCCAACUCGACCAAGACCGUCCUCCUCCAGAAGUUUGCCCUGGAAGUCUACACGUUCACAGGGAGCAGCUCUCUUCAUUUCUCCUUCCUCAGCCUGGACAAGCACCGAGAAUGGCUGGAGUACCUGUUAGAGUUCGCGCAGGAUGCGGCCCCCAUCCCGAACCAGUACGACAAGCAUUUCCUCGAGCGCGACUACACAGGCUACGUCCUGGCUCUGAACGGCCACAAGAAAUACUUCUGCCUCUUUAAGCCUCACAGAUCGGGGGACGAGGGGGGAACCCUGGGAUCGUGCGAGGAUUACGAUUCCUCGCUACACGCGGAAGCCAGAGGGAAAUCCUCCUGCAGCCCAGGAUCUAGGUCCAUUAAAAACAAAUUGCACAAAUUGUCCUUUUGGAUGGAACGCCUUCUAGAGGGCUCCUUACAGAGGUUCUAUAUCCCCUCGUGGCCCGCGCUAGACUGAGGGGUUUUAAAGAGAUUCUAACGGACAAACUUUUUAUGAAGAUGACAAGGGACAGCUCUUUCCAGAAUACACAAACAAGCGUGACGAACGGACCUUAGGUUUUAGAUGAACUCUCCUAGGGCCGGCGACUAGAAAAUACCUCCCCAUGUCCAGAGCCCGAGAGCGCAGCCAAGCGCGCCGAAAUUCCC